AAGGCGAACACCGCCGAGCUCUCGUUCUAUCGCGACCUCCAGGCGCAGCGCCGAAGGUCCAGGCACUACCUGUACGAAACCACCGUCGGCGCGGGGUUGCCGAUCGUGCAGACGUUGCGCGAGCUUAUCCAGACAGGCGAUCGCAUCGAGCGCAUCGAAGGGAUCUUCUCUGGCACGCUCUCCUACCUGUUCAACAUGUACGAUGGCGAGAAGGCCUUCUCCGAGAUCGUCGCCGAGGCAAAGAAGCUCGGCUACACCGAGCCCGAUCCUCGCGAUGACCUCUCGGGGAUGGACGUGGCGCGAAAGAUGAAGGCGCGCCAUGAAGCCGCCAGCGAAGCAAAUCAGGUGUUGCGCUUUGUCGGCAGCGUCAGCGCUGAUGGCAAAGCGAGCGUCGCGCUCGGGCAAUAUCCCAUAGAUCACCCCUUCGCCCGCAUCCAGCUCACUGACAACAUCGUCCAGUUCACCACGCGCCGCUACCACAGCAACCCGCUCGUGGUGCAAGGUCCGGGCGCUGGCCCCGAUGUCACCGCAGGCGGCCUCGCUGGGGGUGGCGCGAUGAGCAGGCAACGCGCCAAAGCCUUCGCGCCAGCGACGGUGGGGAACAUCGCGGUGGGGUUCGACCUGCUCGGGCACGCGCUCGACGCCGUCGGUGAUACGGUCACCAUCCAAAGACUCGACACACCCGAGGUGGUCAUCGCGGAUAUCCUGAACGCGGAUGUCCCACUGCCAAUGGACCCCGAGAAGAACACCGCCACGGCAGGGCUCGUGCGCCUGAUCGCAGAGAAGAACCUCUCGUUCGGGUUCGAGGUCACCAUCGAGAAGGGGAUCGCGCUCGGUUCGGGCAUGGGCGGCUCUGCGUCAUCGGCGGCAGCGAGCAUCGUCGCCGCCGAAGCAUUACUCGAUGAACCACUGAGCGCUCUGGAGCGCUUCGAUUAUGCGCUGACUGGCGAAGCGGUCGCCUCUGGCGCCGCGCACGGGGACAACCUCGCGCCCGCGCUGUUUGGCGGCAUCCAGCUCGUCACGAGCAUCGACCCAGUGAGAAUCACUCCGAUUCCAGCGCCUGAAGGGGUCGUAUGCGCGCUCGCGCACCCGCACGCGCGCCUCGAUACAAGGAAGGCCCGCGCGGUGCUCGCGCGGGACUUCGACCUGCAUGACUUUAUCCACCAGUCGGGGUUGCUCGCGGGGUUUCUGGCGGCGUGCUUUAACAACGACCUCGAGAUGCUCGAGGCGCACCUGGCCGAUAUCCUCAUCGAGCCUCUGCGCGCGCCACUGAUCGUUGGCUUCGAGCAGGUCAAGCAGGCCGCGCUGGCAGAAGGCACGCUCGGUUGCAGCAUCUCUGGCGCUGGCCCGAGCGUCUUCGCCUGGUGUCGCGGAGAGGAAGCUGGUCAGCGCACCCUGGACGCGAUGAGCGCUGCAUUCCGCGACGCGGGGUUCGAGGUCGACGCCUACCUCUCGCCGGUCGAUGCACGCGGUGCUCGACUCGUCGACGAGAAUCAGUGA